AUGGUAACAGAAGAACCCCAAUCCAACGGCAAAGGUACCGCCACCACCGAACCGGCACCAGCAAUUUCAGACUACCUCGCAUCACCAAACGCAGUCUUCAAAGACGAAGGCGUCCAGUGGCGAUACGGCCGAGCACCAGACUACUCCAAGACACGCAAAGUCUGGGAAGAAGGCAAACGCAUGAACCACGCCGCCGGGAGUCUGGAGGAAAUGGUCGAGAAUCUGGUCAAGAACUGGGAAGUCGAGGCGUCGUUCAAGCCGAGGCUGUCGGAUUGGAGGACGAUUGAUCAUGAGAAGUAUUCGUUUGCGAUGGGGGGAGGGGAACCUCAGUCUGCGGAGCAUAUGAUUAAGGUUGGCACAUACAACGGCAUCAUCGCCCCGAACGAGUACUACAGUCCUGAGAACUCGGACUUUGCGUCUAGUCACAAGACGUUCAAGCGCAUGAUGCCCACCUUCGCCUGGGAAGUCCUGGAAGUCUACAGCGGUCCCCCGCGAGUCGCCUUCCGCUGGCGCCACUGGGGCUACAUGAAGAACGACUACGUCGGUUUCAACGACAAAGGCGAAAAAGUCAUUGCCAAAGCCCACGGCGGCAUCAUCGACAUCGAAGGCGUGACGGUCGCCGAGGUAGACGACAAAGUCCGUCUGCGAGCCAUUCAGACUUGGAUGGAUCCGCUGGAGAUGUUUCGGCAGAUUGCGCCCAAGGGGGUGGUGAAUCGGGUUGCUAUGGAUCGGAAUGUGGAGAGGGAGGUUGCUUUGGAUGAUGCGACGAGUGUGAAUGAUGGGGAGGUGGUUGCGGAGCAGCGUAAUGGGAAGGGGGAGCAUGUUGGGGAUGCUGCGCCGGGUGAGGUGGUAGAGAAGAAUAUCUCUGCUAGUACCGGGGUGGUCGCUGACGAGGUUGUUCCGCAUCAGGGGACCUCCGAGCAGGAUAAUGGAAGCACUAAUGGCACUGCAAAGGAACAGAACGCCAACGGCGCAAAAGCCAUCAUCGAGACCGCAGCAAGCCAAGGAGCCGCAAUGGACAUCGACACCCCACCGUCAAACUACCACGACACCACGCAGCACCUCUCAGCAGACCAAGUCCCCUCGAGCGAACACCAACCCACCGCCGACCCCCUCGACCCCCGCAUGACCAAAGCUGCCAAGCUCGAACCCCCCACCGCCCACGACGCCAUCGACGCUCACCUCGAGCAACCUGCCUCGCAGGUCCAUCCUCAGCCUAAGGAUGCUGAAGUGAAUGUCUCACCGGCGGCGGGCGAGGCGGUGGUUGCGGCGACUGGGAGCGAGGAGACGCGGCUGACGCAGGAGGAGAUGAGUAGGUUGUCGCCGGGUGAGUGUCCUUUCUUGAUGAACCGUGAGUAG